AUGGCGGAGAGUGUCCCAGUGGAGGUGACAGUGCAAAUCAACAGUGUCACAGCCAUCAACAUCAAGCGGAUUUUGUUCGAUGUGGACUUCACUCUGAUGUGCCCCGCUCUUAUGAGCGCCGAAUUUGUUUGGGCAAAGACACCCGCAUUUGAUGACAAGACACAUGGAAAGUUGGACUGGCAGGAUCCGAGCGUCAUGGGCAUGACAGCGAAAGAAAUCGAUCAGAUGACCAUGACCAUCUUCAACCCUGAAGUCGUCAUCGACAAUGCGGUGGACAACGACCAGCCGAUCUCCGGUGGGUGCAAUGCUCCAAGGCCCAAUCGCUUGGUGGACGGCGUGUGUCCUGAUGGGCAGCUGAAGAAGACAAAUCGCUAUCGGCUCUCCUUGACCUGCAACGGCUUGGACUUACGCGCCUUCCCCUUCGACACGCAGAUCUUGCCCAUUCGCUUGAAGGCGCGGAACAAGAGCACGUUGCACGGCGAGGAGGGUCCGGAGGCGAUUCUCGUGGGCCCUGAAGGUGACAACAAGAAGCACGGCCUGCGGAGGACGGGUCACACCGUGAAGAUGCUGGCGGAUCGCCUGGCAGAUUUCAAGAUACAGUCGUUGAUGGGCUUGCGCUCGGAGCUGCCGGACCGUUGGUACGAGGUGCGCAUCAUCGUGGAGCGCUCGCCAGGACACGCCCUUCGCAACGUGGCUACGCCUUGCUUGGUGAUCUUGAUCUUCUCCUUCACCAUCUAUGCCAUUCCCAUGUCAGAGCUUGGAUCCAGGCUGGAGAAUACCGCUACCUGCCUCCUGGCGAUGAUGGCCUUUCAGGGCGUGGUGAAUGAGAUGCUUCCGCCGGUGUCCUACGAGACGGCCUUGGGGAGGUACGUCACCGCAGUGUACAUCAUUCUCAUGUUUCAUGGUGUGGAGCACGCGCUCUUCUCGACCUUGACCUCCAAGUCUGACUCCGUGGCCCCGCGUGACAGGCCCAUUGACAUCUUCUUUGGUGCUGUGGAGUUUUGGGAUGCACAGAGCGAUUACCUCAACAAAGUGGAAGCCGUUCUGGUGAUUGCCGAGCUGGUGCUGAUCCUCUUCAUCCAUGUCGCAUAUGUCCUCUAUCUCUUUUGGCUUCGAAGGCGUGGAAAGGCCAAGCGCUUACGCGAAGCCGAACGGCCGGGGGUCUCGCUGGUGGACGCCCGCGGCGGCUUCGGCACGCGGAACUCCGCGCGGAGCUCUGCGCGGGUGCGCACGGGCACCACCUCUGCAGCGACCCUUGGAGCGACGAUGUGA